CUUAUUUUUGGCCUACAAGAACAGGUUUGCGAAGUUAGUUGGCAUUUAAGACAGUUGGUAUGUCUGAAUUCUGUUUAAGGAUAUUCGAAGAUUUCGUUGCCGACAACACUGACUUAGAGAUCGAUGUGGUGACCACCGCGAAGAUCAACAACCAUACAGUCAAAUAGUAACAAGUUCAAGUACUCAAGUUGUUAGUAGUGAAGAUGGAACAAGGUACCAAGUACAAUAGACUAACUUGCUACUACUUUUAUCAAACCUGGAGUGGGUACAUAGACUAACUUGCUAAACCCCUGGAGUGGGUACAUUCAUUCAUUCAAAUAUCACUGUUGUAGAAUAAACCUAAAUUCAAACUAUUUAUUCGUGAUCGUGAUUCACUUGUUCCACAUUCAGACUCAUUGUAAGGAUCAAAAACAAAAUGUUCUAUCGUUCUCUCGCGGAUCGUAUGCGGCCAACUGCGCAGAGGCAGCGCGCAGAGGCUAGAGAAGCACGAAACGAGUUUUUGCAGACUCUACAAGUUUCUGAUUGUUACCUUUUUGCACUCAUCAUCGGUGGCUCCGUAUUCGCAAGGUGGUUGGAUAUGAAAAUUACGGUUUUUGCUUCACUCCUGGUUUGGAUACAACUAAGUAAGUACUUAAAUCGAUCAUAAGUACGUUGCUUGAACUUGAUUUGAUUGUUUCUGCACAAGCGUAAGCUUCUUCUUGAAGUAAAUUGCGGCAGAAUGUUGAGUGUAAGUAGCAAACGUUCAAGAGUAACAAACGGAUAUAAUUUCUUCUUGUUAUGCAGUAGUUGUACUUCUGCAGCACACGGCUAGAUCAAAUCUUGUUUCUCGAUGUCUACAGCAAAGAAACUCUAAGAAACCAGUCCGACAAGUGUACAUCGCGCUAGCGGUAUAUGUGCUAUUUUUUGGCGUAUAUUGUGGCCUGCGGUAUUGGGAAAACAAAAAAAAUCCGCCAUUAAAAAAGAUGCUGGAAAAAGUUGAUUGAAGAUGCCUAAUGAAAAUUUGUAUUCAGCAGCCUUUCGCCUUUUCUACAGUGAACCUUUGAGCAAAUUAUGUCGUGCCCCGUGCGCCAACAUUUCGUUGUUUGCCGAUCCUAUGUUCAUUUGAAGAACAAAUGAUCCCCAACUCGUCUCUGCUCGCAGAGACCUGUUCACCUAGAAAUGCUAAGAGCAAUCUCAAUAAAUGAAUCGGACUCCUCCGACGCGAGAAUCUACUUCUUAAAAAAUGAGUCGUAAGAGAAGAUUUUUACUUCU